UAAUUAUAUGUAUUAUGUGUAAUAAAAUGCAAGCAUGGAUUCGGGAGCAUUUUCCUAUGUUUCGACACGCUAGGGACCCAGCCUACAUAGAGGACCUACCACUGGCAGCACGUUGGUUGUCGCGUCGGGAGACUACCAUGGAGACCACUUACCACUACCGAGGGAUGUUAGACGAUCUACGUCCUAGUCAAGUUGUUUUUGACUCGUACACAGAUCGUAGGCAAGUAGUCGCAGAUGUUUUUUUACACGGGCUGCAUCCGUGCCAUGGCCGUCCUUGAGCCGUACCUACCUGAUAGAGUAUUGAGGCAGUUCGGCAUGGUGCAGUUGGUCCCUAGGCCUCCGUUAGUCCCAUUGCGAGGUAGUAGAGGAGCUAAUAGUCAUUCAUACAGUGUGGUCUAUGCGUACACAGAUGGUCAAUGGGAAAAUUGGCGCGAUCAUGUCAUGAAUGCAGAGAAACGAGUUAUGAUUCAGCCUGGAGUCCCGUGGGAGUCACACCCUGACUACCUUCCUUGGUUUUUGAUGGUCUCCCACUUCAGGGUCUCACCCCGUCCCGUAGAGGUGCCAUAUACCGAGAGUGCGAAAGAGCGCAAUGCAGCGGCUUUGGCCAUUUUGGAUAGUGUUUUGGGUGGGACUAGGGCUAGGACUUCAACUUGCCCGUAUGAACUACGACAAGCACUUAUUGAAGUGCAAAUGACUUUGAGGGGAUCGGAGGCUGCUGAAGCAAGCAUAGCAGGCCCUAGUUCUGAUCGUUACUCGAGUCGUUACACUAGACACUUUAUGGCCAUGGUUUAUGGACUACUUUUCGUGGUGGAAUGA